CCAUCGCAUGCUAAUGCCGCAGACUCCAAUGCAGAAGCAGUACCUAGGUAGUCGAGAAGCAUCAUGUUGAGAACCUUGCGCAGCAGGAUCGAGAUGUGCCAACGGCCGUGUUUAGGGACUUUGAGUCUUGUCCUAACAAAAACGGCGCUGUGGUUAUAUCUGCUGGUUACAUGCUUCCUGCUGAUCCGCGAAGGUCCGGCGUCUCUAGCUCGAAAGCUGGUCAAUUGAGACUCGAGGACCUUGACACCGGCGGCAAGCUAGAGAAACCGGCGUGUCACUAGAAUGCUUGGUCGAUUCUUGGUUGCUGCUUCAGGCCAAACCCGGCGCUACGGCCUGCAUCACGUGAAGCGCGAUCAGCGGUGAUGAGCUGGACUCGGGUCUAGACAAUUCAACCCUUUCUCGCGUCGCCUCUUCAACUUCAUCGCACCACCGAUAAUUGAUAUUUUCCUGUUUCCGUCACGGCGUGGUGAUAAAUGCCGUCUCCGUCGCCUCCCCGGUCACCGGCGAUGCAGCCCGAUCCCAAUGUGGAGGAAGAGGAUGACCCCGGAUACGAUUCCGCUAGCGAUCAGACCGCGACGACAUCGCUAAACUCGUCCAUUUUCGACUGGGUAUAUGAGAACGGUCGGCGGUAUCAUAGCUAUCGGCCGACGCAAUAUGUUCUUCCAAAUGAUGAAGAGGAGCAGGAACGGCUGGAUCUUACGCAUCAUCUGUUCACGCUCGUCCUUCACGGCGCCUACUGUCUAACUCCGCUGGAAAAUCCACAGGCUAUCCUUGAUGUUGGCACUGGAACGGGAAUCUGGGCCAUCGAUAUGGGUGACUUGUACCCCUCUGCAGUCGUGACCGGUACAGAUCUAUCUCCAAUUCAGUCCCAAUGGGUGCCGCCAAACGUGCGGUUUGAAGUAGACGAUGCGAAUGAAGAGUGGACGUUUCCAGAGAGCCAUUUCGACUUUAUCCAUGCACGCACAAUUUGUGCUGGGAUUCGAGAUUUCCCAAAGUUUCUGGCAAGCUGUUAUAAGCACCUCAAACCUGGAGGCAAGAUUGAAGUCUCCGAAGGCAGAGCCAAUUUUUUUUGUGACGACAAUACUCUUCCCGCCGACAGCUUCACCAAGAAAUAUCUGGAUGAAUUGCAUCGGUGUGCAAGCUUGAUCAACCUGGACAUGGACCACAUUCCAAAAGUCCCUGGCGAGCUGGAGCAGGCCGGUUUCACAAACGUCAACUUUGUCCAGAGGCAUGUUCCACUGGGCACAUGGCCCAAGGACAAAUCACUGAAGAUCAUUGGCAAGAUCUUCCGGGAACAGUUUGUGAACAGCGCCUUGGAGGCAUACAGCCUGAAGCUGCUGUGCGAAGUCGGCGGCUGGUCACUGGACGAGUUUCGGGUUUUGUGUGCCAAUGUGAGACGAGAGAUUGCCGAGAACAAGAUGCAUCUAUACACUUUUUGUUCGUUUGCCACGGCAGAAAAGCCUUUGACUUGAGAUCCUACCUUUCCGAUUCUUGCAUACAACAAAAGUGAAUGCAUCCCAGUUAACCUUGCCUGGUGACCCUGAUGGCGGGAUUGCACCGCUUGUGUUACGGGCUCCGUUAUCGUGCUGCAUUGUUGACAGUGAUGGGCACCGGCAGGCCCCCACUUGAGGCCGACUAAUGGAGCUGUGCUUCUACUACCCUGCCCUUUCAUGGCGUUAUGGGAAGUUUCCUGGGACCUGAUCACCAGUGGUACUGGGUCAGCGCUUUGCUGGUGAAGUUGGUAUGGUCAAAAUUAUUGACUUUCUGAUUGCGAUCUGGGGAUCCAGCAUGUGGCGUGGUUGAAGAGCCGGAGUCCUUCUGCUGAAGCAUAAUUUGUCAUGUUAGGUCAAUACUUAGCUCGGUACAGGGACAGAUAUCUGUACGGGGCCACUGCCAUCCCUACGAGGUAACUCGGCAGGAAGGCAAGAGAAGGGCCUGACACAUCGUGAGUUGCUGUCCCUUCGACGAGACUCUCGACGGCUUCCUGUUGGUAAUGGCGUCGAAUUUUCCCAUGCAAGUGAAGUGCGAAAGACGUUGAACAAAAUUAUCAAGCAGCGCUAUCUGCGGCGAUGUCAGCAUGUAUGCAGCGUGCCUCUGUGGUAAGCUCAUGUCUCCCCAUUGCUUCUCGCAUAUCGGGAAAGCAAAGCAGGUGUUGCCAGAGCAGCUUGCAAAGAUCGUCAUCUUUCUGCAAGCCAGAAGGACGCUAGAAGCCGCUAGAUUCCUGUCCAUAUGUGCUUCUGCGACAGGAUUGACAUGUGGAUGGGCGGAAUUGACACUUGCAGAACCUGUUGAAAAAGUAAAAGUUGCGGUACCUCAUGUCGGUACAGAGUCAGUGAACAUGGCGCAACUAUCAGUAUUGAUUCGAGCUGAACAGUGGUAUGUUGGCGGCGUCUGAAUACGGCAUGAAUUGAAAUCAUCCACUGACAUCAUUUUGUUGUUGCUGAUGCUUGAUCCGCUUGUGGCUUGCGCUCGAAUCCACUAUCAAGAACCUAGCGAAGCGGCUCGCAACCGGCUUUUUAGCAUUCACCCAUUGAACAUGCCCAAGCACUCUUAACGUAGGAUUCGUCUAUCGAGAGCUUGUGAUCUUGUGCACAUGGUUGCGUGAUGCUAGUACGGUACGAAAGGCGUCGCAGCCGCUUUGGUCGUAAAAAUCUGCAAACCGACCGAUAUCUUGGCCAGCGAAAGGCGGCACGCGAGAAGAGACUGUCAACGGAGCGCUAAGGGGUAAAAAAAAGAAUCCGGGCGCCUGAUCCCUGGCUAGCGAAGCCUCUGUCCCCACCGAAUGCGACUUGAGUGAUACUCUGUCUCCAUGUAGCCAUCCUAGUGCUUCACGCGCCGACAAACAUUGUGGACGUCUGUACCAUCUCGGUUUGAGGAGUAGUGGGAUUAAUAGUACCAGCACGGGGAAUGUCCUAGCAACAGGCAGUACUAGCCGGUAGCCAAACGAAGACUACUACGAACUGUCCACAAUGCCAGUGGUUGCA